CAAAAAACAAAAGCACAGGAUAAGAAGAAUGAGUUAGGGAGGGUUUUAGGUUUCACAGUUGUUCUUCUUGUUCAUCUUCACACUUUCCCCAAAUUCAGAGAAAUUAGUAUGGAAUUAAGUGUUCCUCACCACGAGUUUUGCUCGUUUCGGAGUAUCAGACACCAUAAAGAUAAGGUAUUCGGGUGUUGCAAGUUGAUAUUUCCGGUGAAGAAGCAGGGGCGGUGGGUGUUAGCCGUCUCCGCCGCAGACACUUGCUGCAACAUAGGCAAAUUAAACGCGGAGAGAAGCAAUAGCUUUGAGGAAUUCGAGAACAACAACUAUCUCCGGAGGCUGGUGAGAAACGGAGAGCUGGAGCAAGGGUUUAAGCAUCUGGAGAAGAUGGUUUCCCAGGGCGACAUCCCGGACAUAAUCCCGUGCACGAGUUUGAUCCGAGGCUUUUGCAGGGGCGGCAAGACGAAGAAGGCCACGAGGGUUUUGGACAUCCUGGAGCAGUCCGGAGCCGUGCCGGAUGUCAUUACCUACAAUGUGUUGAUCAGCGGCUAUUGCAAGUCGGGGGAGAUUAACAGCGCUUUGAAGGUCCUCGAACGGAUGAGUGUCGCCCCCGAUGUCGUCACCUACAACACCAUUCUCCGCAGCCUCUGCGACAGUGGCAAGCUGCAGCAAGCCAUGGAGGUUCUUGAUCAGCAGCUGCGCAAGGAGUGCUACCCGGACGUCAUAACCUACACCAUCCUCAUCGAGGCCACCUGCAAGGAGAGCGGUGUCGCGAAGGCCAUGAAGCUCCUGGAUGAAAUGAGGACCAGAGGAUGCAAGCCGGAUGUGGUCACCUUUAACGUGCUCAUCAAUGGGAUUUGCAAGGAGGGGAGGCUUGAGGAGGCCAUCGAUUUCUUGAAUAACAUGCCUAGCUACGGCUGCCAGCCCAAUGUCAUCACGCAUAACAUUAUUCUUCGCAGUAUGUGCAGCGCGGGGAGGUGGAUGGAUGCUGAGAAGCUGCUUGGGGAGAUGCUGAGGAAAGGGUGUGCUCCUAGCGUUGUCACGUUUAACAUCUUGAUUAAUUUCUUGUGUAGGAAGGGGCAUUUGGGGCGAGCGAUUGAUAUGUUGGAGAAGAUGCCUAAAUAUGGGUGUGUUCCUAAUUCGUUGAGCUAUAAUCCGUUGCUACAUGGAUUCUGUAAGGAGAAGAAGAUGGAGAGGGCGAUUGAGUAUCUAGAGAUAAUGGUUUCCCGUGGAUGUUACCCGGAUAUUGUCACAUACAAUACUCUGCUGACUGCUCUGUGCAAGGAUGGGAAGGUUGAUGUUGCAGUGGAGAUACUUAAUCAGCUGAGUAGUAAAGGCUGCUCGCCCGUUCUGAUCACGUACAACACUGUGAUAGACGGGCUUGCCAAAAUGGGGAAGACUGAGCGCGCAAUGCAGUUGUUGUGUGAGAUGAGGGAGAGAGGUCUGAAACCGGAUAUAAUCACCUACUCUUCGCUUGUGGGAGGGCUAAGCAGAGAAGGGGAGGUUGAGAAAGCAAUUAGCUUUUUUAAAGAAUUGCAAGGUUUGGGUAUCAGACCAAAUGCAGUCACCUACAACUCCAUCAUGCUCGGCCUUUGCAAGGCACGACAAACAGAUCGUGCAAUUGACUUCCUGGUGCAUAUGGUUUCAAAGGGCUGCAAGCCUACUGAAUCUACUUACACAAUUUUGAUCGAAGGUAUAGCGUAUCAAGGUCUCACUAACGAGGCUUUGGAGUUGCUGAACGAGCUUUCCUCAAGAGGGGCUAUCAAGAAAACUUCUGCUCAGCAGGUGGUGGUCAACUUCUAGCCUAAAUCGAUGCUAUUUUGUGUCUUGAAGUUGUAUAUCUUAUGAAAUAGUGGUGAUAAAAAGGCUCGAGCGGUUUUGAAGUUGAUUACAUUCUUUGAUUAUUUGUUGCUCAAGCUCAACUCCGUUUGUGCUAUCCAUUGAUAAAAUUGGUUUCAUGAA